AUGCCACCGCUUAUCAAGUGUAUUGUACUGGGCAAUUCGGGUGUCGGCAAGACCAGUCUUAUCAAAGCCUAUAUCGAUAAAACCUAUUGUCGUAAUCCGCCACCGACAAUGUAUGUCGAAUAUGCUGUGAAAACCACAACCUCCAAAGGUCUCUACAGCAAUUUGAUAUUGUGCGAUACAACCGGAGUCGAGGACUAUGAGUGUGUUAAACGUUUAUGUCAUCCCAAUUCGGAUGUAAUCCUAAUUUGUUUGUCCAUAUUCGAGGAAGAUGCUUUGGAAAAUAUUCGUGAUAAUUAUCUAUAUGAUAUUCGUAUGUGUAGCCCUGAUGUUCCGAUUGUUGUGAUUGGUACUAAAAUCGAUUUGCGUGAUAAUCCGGCGGCGUUAAGUAAAUCGAAAGAAAGAAUUCUAUCAUAUUUAGAAGGUCAGCAGAUAGCCGAGGCAAUUGGUGCAGUGGAAUAUUUGGAAUGUUCAGCGUUGAGGGGAACUGGUGUUGCGGAUGUGUUUCAAACUUUAGCUGGCGAGAUAAAAUUCACUAAUCAGCAAUUAAUUGCUACCUUGAUAAAGUUCCGACCCAGGUUCUCUGAGAUAAGAAGUACACCGUUCUCUCAGUUGACAUUCACUUUUCAAAACAUCAAAACAAGACCACAAGUUACCUACCAUUCAAUGCGUCGAAUAAAAUGUGUGGCUCUCGGUGACGGCUGUGCGGGCAAAACUUCCCUGCUGCGGACAUAUGUCGAUAAAUAUUUCCUAGACGAAUAUCCCACAACAAGAUAUGAUGAAUAUCAGACUCAGUUUCGAACUCCAAAUGGCACUCGAGUCAAGCUGAUAUUAUGCGAUACUGGCGGCUGGAAUGUACAACCCUUCAACUAUACAGAUGCUGAUAUAUUUCUCUUGUGUUAUGCCAUCGAUGAACCGAACGCCUUCGAAAAUAUACGUGUUCAUUGGUUACCCGAGAUACGCCAUUAUUGUCCGGAUGUGCCAAUAUUGUUGGUGGGUACAAAAAUUGAUUUACGUCAUGAUUUGGAAUUGUUGCGACGAAAACAUCUGCAUAAAUUGGCCAUCGUUAAUGAAGGAGUUAAUAUGGCCAAUGAAAUUGAUGCCAUUAAAUAUAUGGAGUGUUCAGCAGUUCGGGCUAAUAUUUGUUCCAUCACAUUUUCCUGUUUGUCAUUGCAGUGUCGUGUCUUACUCAAUCUACGCACUUCACAGCCAUUCGAAGAAGUGCUGGAAGAUUUGGGUCAAGUGCUGAAAAUUAAUGGAGCUAAGAAAAUGUACACGGGCACAGGACAAGAGGUACGCAGUUUUUCACAGCUACGCAAUGAAUUUGCCGAUGUGGACACGUUCUAUUUGGCCACUGGUACAGCGUUAAUUGCCGGCUCACCCAUACGUCGUUCACGUUCACGACCUUCGGUAAUGGCUGCCGCUCCCAUACUUCCAACCGAAGAUCUUCCAAAGGUUCCUUUACGUGGUGCACGACCACGCAGUAAAAGUCGUCCACGUAUUUUAUAUGCACCGGAAAGUGAAAUUUUACGCACAAAUGGGGAAUACAGUAUGAUCGAUAUGAUGAAAGAAGAUCCAACGAAGGUCACAAUUAGGGGACUUCGACGCACAUUUUAUCCACCACUACAUCAUGCACCGGCCGAUAAUACACCACCAGAUAAGAAAUUGCAAUUACAAUGGGUCCAUGGCUAUCGCGGCAUUGAUGCCAGACGCAAUCUUUGGGUCUUACCAUCCGGUGAACUUUUAUAUUAUGUUGCUGCAGUCGCCGUAUUAUUGGAUCGUGAAGAAGAUGCUCAGCGUCAUUACACCGGACAUACAGAAGAUAUUAUGUGUAUGGACGUACAUCCUUCACGAGAACUUGUGGCAUCGGGACAAAAAGCUGGACGUGAUCGCAAAUCUCAGGCACAUGUACGCAUUUGGAGCACUGAGUCCUUGCAGACGUUAUAUGUUUUUGGUAUGGGUGAAUUAGAUACGGGGGUAACUGCGGUGGCAUUCUCGCAAUUGAAUGGAGGUAGCUACAUUUUGGCGGUGGAUAGCGGGCGUGAAAGUAUACUCUCCGUGUGGCAGUGGCAAUGGGGACAUUUGUUGGGUAAAGUUGCCACUUUACAAGAAGGUUUAUCGGGUGCCGCCUUCCAUCCUCUAGACGAUAAUUUAAUUAUAACACAUGGUCGCGGACAUUUGGCUUUUUGGCAUCGUCGCAAAGAUGGCUUUUUCGAGCGAACAGAUAUUGUAAAGCAACCGUCACGUUCACAUGUUACCAGUGUACAAUUUGAACCGGAUGGUGAUGUUAUAACCGCCGAUUCAGAUGGUUUUAUUACCAUAUAUUCGGUUGACUCCGAUGGUGCCUAUUUUGUUCGCACUGAAUUCGAGGCACACACAAAGGGUAUUGGUUGUCUGAUAAUGUUGGGUGAGGGUACUCUGCUAUCGGGCGGCGAGAAGGAUCGUAAGAUUGCCGCCUGGGAUUCAUUGCAAAAUUAUAAGAAAAUUGCCGAUACUAAGCUUCCUGAAUCUGCUGGCGGUGUACGCACAAUUUAUCCCCAACGUCCAGGACGCAAUGAUGGCAACAUCUAUGUGGGUACCACACGCAACAAUAUUUUGGAAGGUUCCUUGCAACGACGUUUUACCCAAGUUGUUUUUGGUCAUGGCCGCCAAUUAUGGGGCUUGGCCGCCCAUCCCGAGGAUGAUCUGUUCGCCACGGCAGGUCAUGACAAACACAUUGCUUUGUGGCGUAAAAGUAAACUUAUUUGGACCAUACAAACGGGCUAUGAAUGUGUUUCGUUGGCGUUCCAUCCGUUUGGUACCGCCCUGGCUGCUGGCAGCACUGAGGGUCAUCUAUUGGUUAUUAAUUGUGAAAAUGGAGCGGUUAUGUUGACACUGAGGGUGUGUGGUUCGCCCAUAAAUUGUGUGGCAUUUAAUCAAGUGGGCGAUAUGAUUGCAAUGGGUUCUCAGAAUGGCAGCAUUUAUUUAUUCCGCGUCUCCCGAGAUGGUUUCUCCUACAAGAAAGUGAAUAAAAUCCGUGGCUCUCAACCGCUGACCCAUUUGGAUUGGAGUAUGGAUGGUAAUUUUGUGCAAACGGUGACAAUUGAUUUUGAUUUGCUGUUCUGGGAUGUGAAAUCCCUGAGUCCCGAACGUAGCCCCAUUGCCAUGAAAGAUGUCAAAUGGUUGACCAGCAAUUGUACGGUUGGAUUUUUGGUGGCAGGCAUGUGGAGUAAUCGCUACUAUAGUAAUAAUAAUACAAUUAUAUCUACCUGUACACGAUCCACGGCCCAGGAUAUGUUGGCCUCCGGUGAUGCAGAUGGUUAUAUACGUUUGUUUAGAUAUCCCUGCAUAAGCCCCAGGGCCGAAUUUCACGAAGCCAAAGUAUACUCAGGCAUGGUGGCCUGUGUACGCUUCCUAUUUGGCGAUCAAACUUUGGUUACUGUCGGCGGCACUGAUGCCUCGUUGAUGGUUUGGGAUUUGGUAGAGGAAUAGCUGAAAUGGCCACCGUGGCGUACAACUGCACAGUAUGAGGCCCGCUACUCGGAUUACUGGCGUCGUCGAACCUCCAAACAAUCCUCCACCGUGUUGGAUAGCGAUUCUUUGGAAUACCAGUAAUGGGAGUAGUUUGCCCUUAAUAGGCAUUAUCCAAAUCCUUCCUUCCACACCAAU